UGUCGGGGUGCGGCGUCUACGACGGGACCGAGCUCCACGAGGCCUCCGCGAUUCUGGUGCACCUGAGCCGUGGGGGCGCAGAUGUUCAGAUCUUUGCCCCGGACGUUCCGCAGAUGCACGUGAUUGAUCACACCAAGGGGCAGCCUUCUGAGACGGAGACCAGGAACGUGCUGACAGAAUCGGCAAGGAUUGCGCGUGGCAAGAUUGCAGACCUGGCCAAGCUUCGAGCAGCUGACCAUGACGCCGCCAUCUUCCCCGGAGGUUUUGGAGCGGCCAAAAACUUGAGCACGUUCGCCGUGGACGGGAAGGACUGCAAGGUCCACAAAGACGUGGAGCGCGUGCUGAAGGAGUUCCACGGGGCUGGGAAGCCCCUCGGCUUGUGCUGCAUCGCGCCUGUCCUUGCUGCCAGAGUGCUGCAUGGCGUGGAGGUCACCGUGGGCCAUGAGCAGGAGGAGGGCGGCAAGUGGCCAUACGCUGGGACCGCCGAGGCCAUCAAAGCCCUGGGUGCGAGGCACUGCGUGAAGGACGUGACCGAGGCCCACGUGGACCAGAAAAACAAGGUGGUCACGACCCCCGCGUUCAUGUGCGAGACCGCUCUCCAUCACAUCCACGAUGGCAUCGGGGCCAUGGUGCGGAAGGUGCUGGAACUCGCCGGGAAGUGACAGCCCCACACGGGGACUGCGCCCCUGCUGCCCCUGCGCCUGCUGCCGUCCAGCCUGCUGGUGGCACGUGUUUGUUUGGCUGUUAAGUCCGUAGGUAUUGUCCACUGUAGGAGGCGCGCCAUGGUCCCAGCGUGGGGCGAUGAAGUGAGACACCCCUCGUCUGCCCUCCUCCCGCCUUGCUCUGCUUUUGCUUAGGAGGAGGAGGAGCGAGGCUGCCAACGCUGCUGUCAGGAGCCGGGGAUGGGG